AUGGAAAAACCAAUAAAAGAAGAUACUGAUAUUGUACUAAUGCGUGAAAUGGGCUAUGAACAAGAAUUAUUCCGAGGGUUUUCGAGUUUAAUGUCAUUUACUUUCUGUUUCACUGCGGUUAAUAUUUUAUGUUCAGUAUCAAUUGGAUUUAAUUAUGGUUUAAAUACGGGAGGACCGGCGGUCAUUAUUUGGGGAUGGAUAAUUGGCUCAUUUUUUACUAUUAUGAUUGGAUUAUCAUUAGCUGAAAUUUGUUCCACAUAUCCUAGUGCUGGGUCUGUUUACCAUUGGGCAGGACAACUUGUACCAAUAAAAUAUACAGCAAUAGCAUCUUUUAUCUGUGGAUGGUUCAAUUUUCUUGGAAAUGUAGCUGGUGAUGCAGCAUUCAGUUCUGGUUUUGCGUAUAUUAUCAAUGCUGCUAUCGUACUAAAUGGUGAACGAAAUUCGACGAGUGGUGAAUUGUUAAGUGAUGAUAAAGCACCAUUGAACGUCUAUAAACAAGUUGGCGUAUCGAUUGGAAUUACAGCAGUGUGGUCCAUACAAAACGCUCUUCGAGUCGACCAACAAGGGUGGUUAAAUAACUUGGCUGCAUUUAUUCAAAUUGGAAGCACGAUUAUAAUCGUUGUUACAAUUCUCAUAAUGACAAAAUAUCGAGCAUCUGCAUAUACUGUUUUUCUAACGAAUUAUAAUUCAACAGGAUUUACAUUUGGUUAUGUUUGCAUUAUUGGAAUAUUAUCAACGUUAUUUAGCUUCUCUGGAUAUGAGGCCGGUGCCCAUUUAGCAGAAGAGACAAGAGGAGCGGGUAAAGCUGCACCUAAAGGGAUUAUUGCAACAUGUGUUAUUGGUGCUUGUGUUGGAUUCGCUUACUUACUAGGGUUACUAUUUGCUAUACCAGAUGUAGCAGAUUUCAUAACCAAUGCUGAUAAUCCAAGUUUUGCUGUUCAAGUCUAUGAACUUUCCGUACCAGAACGUGGAGCAUUAGCUCUAACGAUUUUAUUGGUAAUUAAUCUUUAUUUUGCCGGAAUGUCAUCUACGACUGUAACGAGUAGAAUCGGAUUUGCCAUGGCUCGCGACGGUGUUUUCCCCGGUUCGAAAUAUCUUCGAGUUAUUUAUUCUCGAACCCAAACGCCUUUAGCUACGGUCGUUUUGGUAUUUAUUAUCGAUACAUUACUACUAUUAUUACAACUAGCCAGUUCAACAGCUUUCGCUGCAAUCCUCUCAAUAACAACUAUUGGAUAUCAAGUUUCUUAUCUUAUUCCAAUCUUGUUUCGUAUCACAGUUGCACGUAAAACAUUCAAAUUAGGUGAAUUUAAUUUAGGAAAAUUUGGUGUGUUGAUAGGUACGAUAAGUUCAAUAUGGUUAUUCAUUACAUCAGUCUUCUUGUUUUUCCCAUCAACUUAUCCGGUGACCAAAGAUAAUAUGAAUUGGGCAAUAGUUGUAGUAGCUGGCGUAACAUUUAUUGCUGGUCUCUACUGGCUAUUAUCAGCAAGAUAUUGGUUCGUCGGUCCAAGAAGGGCCACCGAUUUACCAGACGAUAAAAUCAAUUCAUCAGAUGUACUGGUCUCUCGAUUUUAG